UCUAGGCCAUUUUUAGAAAAUGGUUUAUCUCACUGGUUUAAAGGGACAUGCACUCAGAUUUAUCUCUUUAGACCAUUUGUAGAAAAUGGUUUAUCUCACUGGACAUGCUUUUGGGUUUCGAGUUUAUCUGCACCUAAGGAUUUUUUUUUUUUACGAGUCUUGUUACCCUAGCCCAAAUCAUUCUACUCAGUUUUGUUAUGCAGUGAAUAGUUUCUUCCAGCAUGACUUCUUUUUCACCCAUUGAUAGGUGCAAGGGAUAGUAUCUUGUGUUCAAUUCUUAAGGGGCAUCAUUCUUGUCUACAUAUGGUAUUGCAAAAUGGCAGUUCACAGGAACCACCAUAUACUUGAACUUCGACAUCUCCUCUUAUAUGUUUGAUACAACUACUAGUUGUUGGCAAAAGUCCAUUUGCUUGCACGGGUGAAGAACGGACGGCCCCAUUGUAAGGAAGUCUGCUCCAACAAAAUCUAAACCGCACAUCGGAGCCAGAUCUUCAAGCAAGAGACAAGGCCGAACCGGGUAUUUUCUCAAGCUUGGCCUUCCAUUUCCGUUCCCUUCCUGCCUCCGUUGGAUUAGAGAAAGAGUUGCAGGAGAGAAUAAACUGGUUUAGGCUUUCUCUCUGCUCUCCUUCUCUCCCCUUAUCUUUUUCAUUUUUUCGCAAUGGGAAAGACGCGAUCAUUCAAGGAGGAGUACAGCUUAGAGGAGAGAGAAGCAGAGUCCAGAAGUAUCAUCUCCAAGUAUCCGGAUAGAAUUCCUGUGAUCGUUGAAAAAUUUUCUGGAACUGAUCUGCCUGAGAUGGACAAGAAAAAAUACUUGGUCCCGCGUGAUAUGUCUGUUGGGCAGUUUAUGCACAUUUUGAGCUGCCGCCUUCAUCUUCCCUCUGGGAAGGCACUCUUUGUUUUUGUGAAAAAUACCCUUCCUCCAACUGCCUCACUUACGGGUUCAAUUUAUAGCUCAUCCAAGGAUGAAGAUGGGUUUCUAUACAUGUGUUACAGUAGCGAGAAAACUUUUGGAUAAGGCUUGGUUUCCUCAUUAACUGUGUAUACGAGCAUUCCUGAACAAUCCAAGCUUCUUCCACUCUUGGAACAAAAAGAGAGAAGAAGAGCUGAUUUGGUUCUUAUUUUGUAAAGUUGUAUUCGUUGUUGACGUUGGAUUUGAAGCACAUGUAAAUAAGGAGAUUGCUGUUGGUGAAUAUAAAGAUAACUGCUGGCUUUUCUAGGGGCAUGAAAAAUAAUGUUAUUGCUGGUAUGGGGGAUCUGCUUAGCACAACCUUAGUUCGAAUUUUCAAAUUAGGCAUGCUGUUCUGAUUCGUCUAAAAGGUAUGCAUAUGUAGAUUCUCGUGC